AUGCUUGACCUUCUCCGUGUGCUACGAGGUCGGUUGAUUGACUUGUAUUCCAACCAGCAUGCAUGCAUCAAAACUAGGGGAUGCAUAGAAUUAUGCACCGUAGAGCUAGGACACCAACCAGAAUGCGGCAAGCAGGAAGGGUGGAAUCAAUCUGGCGGCUUUCUCCAGUUUAUAUUGCACGGAGGGCUAUCUAAAGUCAGCAAGGUCCGAGUCAAAUUACAAGCCGUUGCUCCAAAAGUAUCUUCAUUGUCCACCACUGCUAAAGCACAGCAUUAUAGUGUUGGAAGCCAAAAGCCCAUCAACAAUCGCUCCACAAGGACGAGACCGGCCACUUUUAUAUUAUACAUAGCGCAGUUACUCCUCCAUGGCUUAAAACCCCUGAAGUCCAAACAAGCAGCCACGAAGAAAGCGUUAUUGGCAGCUCUGCAAUGGGUAGCAGGCUUGACGGUGCCAGAGACCAUCCUCAAGAUCGAAAGAGAUCUAGCAGCUGAACGGCUGCAGAGAAGAAGCAUCAGAAGCAGGAACCGCUUCGAGAGGGGACAAAAGCGUAAGAAAGAACGAAGCGCCAGAGGGACGGAUGAGGACGACUUGCUGGCCGACGUCCAAGCUCAUUACCAAAGAGGAGUCCAAAUCGAUCAAGGUACGACUCCCGGGGUAUCGUUGCUCGGUAGAGUACUCGUACCCCGUAAAGAAAUCGCCAUGCUCAUAACGUCCCCGCCACAGGUUUCAAAGCGCCUAGACAUCAGCGAUCUAUCAGGGGCCUUCCACAUCGCCGCACCGGCCUUCUCAAGCGACUGGGAUUGCUUAAGGCCCAAAUCCCGCCUUCUUUUCGACAUCAGAGCACGUCUGGGGUGCCUUUGA